AUGCUCAGUCGGAUUUCUCCGCAUUUGAAUUUGACAGUGGUGCGGAAAUUCGCUAGUUCUGAUAAAAAGUUACCAGUGACUCGCUUAUCAGAUGCAAAGCUGAAAACAUUUGAAGAAUUUCUUAACGAAACAAAACCCAUUAUUUUGUGGCGAUUUUUGAAGGUAAUGGAUAUUGCUGGUAUUCCUGAAGAACAUAUGGAACCGCGAGUGGCAAGAAUUUAUAUUCCAGCUCGUGAAGCGACUCAGUCUGCUUGGAAUAAUACAAAAACUUGGAAGAUAGAAUUGGAUAACCGUCAGCGUUGGGAGAAUCCUCUAAUAGGGUGGUCAAGUAGCGGUGAUCCUCUGAGUAAUAUAUCGAUGGCACUUGAUUUCGCGAGUAAAGAAGAUGCAAUCAGGUUUUGCGAAAAAAAUCGUUGGAAUUAUGAAGUAGAUGAACCGCAGCGUCGUCAUAUUAAGCCAAAGUCAUAUGCUGCUAAUUUUUCUUGGAAUAAACGGACUCGUGUCGGAACCAAAUAA